GACGACUUGGGCUGCAGCAAGGUCUUUUGCAGAGCCUCAAAACCUACUCUCCUCCCCUAAGAGAUUUCCAGAAACUCAGCAGGAUGACCGCUUCAGCUAACCCCGAAGCGGCUCUCUCUGUCCUCCCACGAGCGGACGGCUCCGCCACGUACUCAUAUGCUGGAUAUACUGUGACGGCUUCAGUCAAUGGCCCCAUCGAAGCUCAGAGGCGGGAUGAGCAUGCGUAUGAAGCUCAUGUAGAUGUCAUCGUACGACCAGCAGCAGGGGUCGGAGGGACGCGAGAACGACAUCUGGAAUCGCUGUUGCAGUCUUCGCUCUCACGUAUCAUUCUUGUCAAGAACUUUCCACGCUCUCUCAUCCAGAUCGUCCUUCAGAUCGAAGACACCCCGGCGAACGACUAUGUGACCCCUAAACUCGUCCAAGCGGGCACGAAUAUACCCGUCAUCCCAGUUUUGCUACAGACGGCUGUUUUAGCUCUUCUGUCGGCUUCUGUACCGCUCGGAGCAACCGCAACCGCUGCUGUUGUGGCAAUCCUUCCCAGGAGCGCCUCGGAGAGAAUUGUUGUGGAGCCAUCUCAACAAGCGCUGGCAACGGCGGCAUCUGUGCAUGUGCUCGCCUUUACUUCUGACGGCGGCCUGCUACUUGCUGAGAGCGAAGGGGAGUUCACCAUGAAGGAGUGGGACGAUGUUUACGACGCCGCCCAGAGGAUCUGCUGCGAAUCGGGCAAGAAGGCCGGUCUCGACAUGAUCCUGGACGAGCCAAAGCGGGACGGCCCAGACAUGCAGCACUUCCUCCGGUCUACGAUGGAGGCCAAGGUCGCGGCCGACCUCCACUGGAAGUGAAAUGCGUAUCGAAACCUUACCUGGGGAGGCUGGGAGUCCUUGCACAGCAGACAUGAAGGUGAAAACGGCCGGCGGCCGGCGGUUCUCGCAUGAUACUGCUUAUCCCGAUGUCUGCAUCACUGAUGCGUCAGGACGAGGCCGAGGUUUUCGUUUUGCAAGGACCUGGUAGAUUGGACGUGGAACGAACGGACGAAAGUCGGGUAGCACGAGACGGACGGCAUGGGGAUCCUAGGCGGCUACACAUGCAAUCAGCGGCUGUUACGGCAGUGGGACGCUUGGCGUGGGCUGAUUUCCUCCUUUGGGGAUUCCUUCAGCCGUCAGCCUCUUGACGAUGUGUGCAGAUAAGCUCGAGCUCCAACUCCCUGCCUCAGACAGUUGUGGAUCUGUCUCCACGACCGUGGGUGUGUAGGAUUGCAAGGGCCUGUUGAGGCGUUGUUUCAUCUCGACUUCCACCUUCAGUGGCGUC